AUGAUGCAGGGAUUGAAAGGAUUGAUAAAGUUAAAGCAAGCAAGAAAUGGGUUUUUCUCAUAUCAGAGAAACUUCUCUGCUUUACCACACUAUGCUCAAAAUGAUGACCGCCAAGACCAGGUGGUUCGGUUGAAGAGACUGUAUGAAUCAUGGGAAGAGAACCCUGAUAUCGGAUUUGUCUUAAUGAAGGGUAGCGGGAAGGCUUUCUGUUCCGGCUCAGAUGUCAUUUCUCUUUGUGAAUUGUUAAAUGAAGGAAAAAUUAAAGAAUGCAAAACAUAUUUGCAGACAUUGUAUAAGUUUGUCUACCUACAAGCAACAUAUUUGAAGCCACAUGUGGCCAUCUUGGAUGGUCUCACCAUGGGCUCUGGGGCUGGGAUUGCAAUACCAGGAAUGUUUCGUGUGGCAACUAAUAAAACUGUUUUUGCUCACCCAGAGGCUCAAAUAGGUUUCCAUCCUGACGCAGGGGCCUCCUUUUAUCUUUCUCGCCUACCUGGUUACUUAGGGGAAUACUUGGCUCUAACAGGAGACAAGCUUAAUGGUGUAGAAAUGAUUGCUUGUGGCCUUGCUUCUCACUAUGCAUUAAAUGAGAGACUUCAUUUGGUUGAAGAACGCCUCGGUAAAUUGAUCACAGAUGAGGCCACUGUCAUACAGACUUCUCUUGCAGAAUAUGGUGACCUUGUCUAUCCAAAUAAGACGAGCGUCCUUUACAAGUUUGAGACAAUUGAUAAAUGUUUUGGCCAUGAUACAGUUGAGGAAAUUGUUGAUGCAUUGGAAAAUGAGGCAGCUAGCUCUUAUGAUGAAUGGUGUAAAAGAGCCAUCAGCAAAAUAAAAGAAGCCUCUCCACUGAGCUUAAAAGUUGCAUUACGAUCGAUACAAGAAGGUAGAUUUCAAUCUCUCGAUCAGUGUCUUGCUCGUGAAUACCGAAUAUCACUCACUGUUAUGUCCAAACGAGUGUCUAAUGAUAUUUGUGAGGGUGUGCGUGCUCGGUUUGUAGAUAAGGAUUUUGCUCCAAAGUGGGACCCUCCAAGUUUAGGAGAAGUAAGCAAAGACAUGGUGGAUAGCUAUUUUUCCCCACUUGGGCAGUUUGAACCAGAGUUGGAGCUGCCAACAGAAUUGCGAGAACCUUACAUCUGA